AUGCAGAUCCUCAACCUGCUGCCCUUUUUCGCUCUUCUCGGGGCUGUCUACGCCGAGACACGAGGCGAGUGUCUUGAGCGCGAAGCCGCAGCCUCUAUUGCAUCCGCACCCUACGAGGCAGACAUUGCCAUUUGCUACCACGGCCACAACAGCGCAUACUCCAACGACGGCAACACGAACAAGAGUUCGGACCAGUUCGGCGGCCUGCGUUGGGCAGACUGCCACGGUGUAGGCCUCGACUGCUUCUGGAUGAAGACUUACAACAUCUUCGAAUACUGGGGCGACGCUGGCUCCGACAACCUCGCUUUCGUCAAGAGGAACGACAAGUGCGAAUACAAGCCCGUCGACAAGGCCAUCUGGUGCCACGAAUAUCAUUAA